AUGGCCAUGCCACCACUGUCGCACCGCCUAACUUCCGUCCUCCCCAUCCUUCUCCUCGCCAUCCAUCUCCUCCCCUUUUGCUCCUCCACCUCCUCUGUCACGGUUGACGUCUUCAUCAAUCUUGUCCAAGUCGAUGCCCACCUGAACUUAACCUACCACGAGCGGCUACACCGGGCGAUGCACCGAAGCCAUCAACGUGCCAUGAACCUACACAACCGCGCCCGGAGAGGGCGGCACCACCGCGCAGCCCCACGACCACUGGACCAGAAUUCGUCGAGCAUCGAGACCCCGCUGCAAGCUGGGCACGGCGAGUUUCUAAUGAAGCUAGCAAUAGGAAAUCCCCCAACUUCCUUCAUGGCCAUCGUCGAUACAGCAAGUGAUUUAAUUUGGACUCCGUGCAGCCCUUGCACCCUUGCCCCGACCAGCCCUCGACGGUAUGGAGAUCAGUCGACCACCAGUGGGUACCUAAGCUCCGAGACCUUCACCUUGGGCUCCGCUUCGUUCGAGAAUGUGGGGUUUGGCUGCGGCACUAUGAACUGGGGGUUCCAUGAGGGCGCCGGCUUGGUUGGUCUGAAUCGUGGCCGGCUGUCGCUGAUCUCUCAGCUCGGCGCCUCGGUCGGCUACCAGUUCUCCUACUGUUUGAGUGGGCUGGAGGGCGGGAGCUCUAGUUCGAGUCGCCUGGCCUUCGGACCCAACUCGUCCUUGCCGAGCUCAUCGGUGGGUGCCAUCAAGUUGCCGUUGUUGAUCAACUCCAGAAAUCCGGAUUUCUACUUUGUGGAUUUGGAGGGCAUUAGCGUCGGAGGAAGGCGUCUGCCCAUCGAAGCUUCAGCAUUCCAGUUCAAGCAGGGGGGAACUGGUGGUGUCGUUGUGGACUCGGGCUCCGCCCUUAUGUAUCUUGUUGCGGAGGCAUACAGAGAAGUGAAGCAAGCAUUCAUCACAGCGAUCAGCCUGCCAGUUGCAGCUGGCCCAACCGCUGCAGGUUCCGGCCUCUGCUUCCAAGGCUUCGUCGACCCUUCGUCCAUCCCCACUCUCACGCUUCAUUUCAGUAGCGGUGAUUUCUGUGCGCCGCGGGAGAACUAUUUCAUCGUUGAUAAGGACAGUCGAUUGUCUUGCCUAGCAAUCAACGAGACGCCGAUGGGAAUGUCCAUCAUCGGAGCCUUCAUGCAGCAGAACGUCCACAUUCAUUACGACCUUGGAAACAACCUCAUCACUUUCACGCCUGCACAAUGUGAUCAAUUGUAG